UCUAGAUAAAGUCGUGGACAAACAAGGUUAACAACUACUCUUCAAACCUUUUGUUAAGGAAAGUUCUCGAACGUCAUUUUUCAGCAGUGAUUAAAGUAAUUAGUGUAUAACCAAUAAUUAUAAGUGUAGUCAGUUUCUGGACACUAAUGUUUAGAUCAUCUAAAUAAUGCAACCAAAUCGGCUUGAAAAACUGAUAUUUCCUUAUUUCAAAUUACUUUCUAGACUUUUUAGGGGAAUUCAAUUAUUAGCUACCUGUUUUCGAUAGUCUAUUGAUGUACACAUCGCCGACUUAUAGUUCUGUAAGUACUGAACUAUCAGAGUGUUAUUCUUCACCUAAUCGGCCUAGAAAAAAAUAUGAGUGUGUACCAGAAUCUUUAAAAACAGCUCCAGACUACAUUGACCAAAGGAUACGUAAUAGGAAUGCUGUGAAGCGGUUUCGUGAAAGAUCGAAGACAAAAGCUAAAAAACUUGAAGAGGAGAAAGCUAAUUUAAUUUCAUUGACACAACUUUACGAUAAUGAAUUGAUCCGAAUCAAGCGUUCUAAACAGAAACUUGAACUUCUCCUAUAUCAACAUGCAGCUCAUAAAAAUAUUACCAAUCAACUUGAUGAGAUUUUACGAACAGAUGCUAAAGCACGAUCAGAUUUUCAAAGUAAACUCGCCAAUAUCCAAGCUUCAUCUGAUUCCUCUUUAAUGGAUAUAAUAGAUGAACGUGCUUUUGCAAAGAUAUAAACAUCUGUCAGUUGUGUCCUAAAUAACAAAACUCUCCAUUGCAAAGCAAUCUUCAACUUUGAAAUGGUGACACAACAGUUGAAGGAAACAACCAAUCACAAAUCAUUUCGUCAGAACAAUCUCCUUAACUACACAUUGUGACAUAUUGACAGCUCACUUCAUACUGUACUUAGUGCUGAUGAUGUCGUCUAGAAAGACAAUGAAAGCCUCACGAUUAGACAACGUAACUCAGAGAACCCAAUACAACAACAAUUCUGAACUUUAUUUCAACCAAAAUACUUCAUUUGAAUUUAAUUUCCGUAGCUACUAUCCACGUAAACCUAAACUGAUGACGAUUAAAAAAAGGAAACUAUGAUUUCAUCCAU